AAAAUAUGCAAACUCACCAUAUUUUUAUCUCUCCGUGUAUCCAAUAUCAAUAAAAACAAAAAGAUUUCGCAAUCGCUCAAUCAGGCACGUAUACGCUCAGACCCGGUUAAUUCCGAUUAUUAUUCCCUAACCAAAGUAGUCAUCUGUUUAGUCAGUUAAGUUAAAAUGUUCAACUGCUCUCGAUUGGCGGUGCCUUUGUUUCGGGUUACCAAAUGUUACUCGAGUAUUGUUUUGAAAAACUUAGCACCAUGUCGUUCGUUUGUAAGUGCCAAUCCAGCGAUCCGCGAAUCGUCACUUUUGCAAAGCAUUCGAAAGGCAAAUAUUUCAUCAACUGGCCGAAUCCUGCAGACAUCGGUGACCCGGUACUGCACUAAACCCGAAGUGACGACGAAGGGCCGUAAAGCCGUCGGUUACUGGCUGCUGGGAUGCAGUGGAAUGGUUUUUGUGGCAGUCGUACUAGGUGGAGUGACGCGUCUAACAGAAUCCGGUUUAUCUAUGGUUACCUGGAAGCUGCUAGGCGAGAAAAUGCCUCGCACACAGCAAGAAUGGGAGGAAGAGUUCGAACGUUACCAGCAAUUUCCUGAAUUUAAAAUCAAAAACAAAGACAUGACACUGAGCGAAUUUAAAAUGAUUUGGCAUAUGGAAUUCGGUCACCGUAUGUGGGGUCGUCUGAUCGGAAUUGUUUACGCUUUACCUGCUGCGUAUUUUUGGUCCAAAGGCUAUCUGGACCGAGGAAUGAAAAUCCGUACCAUUGCAUUUGGCGCUUUAAUAGCUGCGCAAGGUUUGUUGGGUUGGUACAUGGUCAAAUCCGGACUGGAGGAUCGAUUCCAUCAUGAAAGCGACGUACCGCGCGUUUCCCAGUAUCGUCUGGCAUCUCAUCUAGGACUUGCAUUUGUGCUCUAUACGCUGCUUCUGUGGUCGGCACUAGAUAAGCUACUUCCAGCGCAGAAACUAAUUGGUCAGAUUCCUGCAGCUACAUUCCAAUUCAAGAAACUCGUCCACGCAAACAAAGCAGCAGUAUUCAUCACCGCUCUUUCCGGAGCUUUUGUAGCCGGCCUGGACGCCGGAUUGAUCUACAAUUCAUUUCCUAAGAUGGCCGACCGAUGGAUUCCUAGCGAUAUCUUGGCCCUGUCCCCGACACUGCGCAAUUUCACCGAAAACCCAACCACGGUUCAGUUCGAUCACCGAGUGCUUGGUACGGCAACACUAACGCUCAUUACGGGGAUGUUUAUGCUAUCCAAGCGUCGUGUUUUGCCAGCAAGAGCAUACACUGCGGUCACCGCUGUUGCCGUGAUGGGUUGGGUACAGGUACUGUUGGGUAUCACUACACUGUUGACUUACGUUCCGAUUCCACUGGCCGCUAGCCACCAGUCCGGAUCGUUGCUGCUGUUGUCGUUUGCCAUAUGGCUUUCACACGAGAUGAAGCUAGUAAAACGAUUGCCUAAGUAGCAUGAUGCAUUAUGACUGAGGAUGUUGAAUGAAUAUAAGAGAAAAAUUGAAUAUUUUUUGGAAUUAAAAUUCUAUCACAUUUUCCCGCAAAACUCGCUUCAGAGCAUUAUUAAGUAAUACAUAUUCGAUUGUUCUUAAUUAAAACUUUUAAGCUAUUGUUAAACAGACCAUUGAACAAUACGAAGCAUCUGUGAAAAUAAUUAAGGAAAGAAUUCAUUCACAUUGUCCGUAUUUUUUAAACAGAUCAGCAUUAUUUCAAAAGUAAAUGUAAACAUUUGAAAGUAGAGAUUGACACAAAUGAAACAAACGUUUGACCCAAGCAAUGUCUUCAGUUUUAAAGGUAAACUUUAUUCUUUGUAUUGUUGCAUUACACAGUUUAAACAUGGCGGGAAAUUAUUUGCGGUUUGGUUCAAUUUCAAAUACUAUUUCGAGAAGACCAAUUACCGAUGUUUCAAUACUAUAUUAAUAAUAUACCAUAUUUUCAUUAUUCUGCUUUUAAAGUAGAACUUAUCUUUCUACUCAUGAAUCCUACCCAGUUCUAAUAAAAGUCGCUUUUGAGUUGUGAAAAUAAUUUUGCUGGCGUGC